CAGCGCGGCAUGGUCUAAUUCAUCCAGGCUCCGAUGUCAUCGCUCAGGCCCAGUCCGGUACUGGCAAGACCGCCACCUUCUCCAUUGCCGCUCUGCAGAAGCUCGACGCCAGCCUGAACGCCACCCAGGCCCUGAUCGUCGCUCCCACCCGUGAGUUGGCUCAGCAGAUCCAGAAGGUCGUCAUCGCCAUCGGCGACUUCAUGAACAUCAAGUGCCACGCCUGUAUCGGUGGUACCGCCGUCCGUGAUGACAUGAACGCCCUCCGUGACGGCCCCCAGGUCGUCGUCGGUACCCCCGGCCGUGUCCACGACAUGAUCCAGCGCCGUGUCCUGCGCACCGAUCAGAUGAAGAUGUUCAUCCUCGACGAGGCUGAUGAAAUGCUGUCGCGUGGUUUCACCGAGCAAAUCUACGACAUCUUCCAGCUGCUUCCCCAGUCCACCCAGGUCGUUCUGCUGUCCGCCACCAUGCCCCAGGACGUCCUCGAGGUCACCACCAAGUUCAUGCGCGACCCCAUCCGUAUCCUGGUCAAGAAGCAGGAACUCACCCUGGAAGGUAUCAAGCAGUUCUACAUCGCCGUCGAGAAGGAGGACUGGAAGCUUGACACCCUGUCCGAUCUCUACGAGACCGUCACCAUCACCCAGGCCGUCAUCUUCUGCAACACCCGCCGCAAGGUCGACUGGCUCACCGACAAGCUGACUGCCCGUGACUUCACCGUCUCCGCCAUGCACGGUGAUAUGGAGCAGUCCCAGCGUGACGUGAUCAUGAAGGAGUUCCGCUCCGGUUCUUCCCGUGUCCUGAUCGCCACCGAUCUGCUGGCCCGUGGUAUCGAUGUCCAGCAGGUCUCCCUGGUCAUCAACUACGAUCUCCCCGCCAACCGUGAGAACUACAUUCACCGUAUCGGUCGUGGUGGUCGUUUCGGUCGUAAGGGUGUCGCCAUCAACUUCGUCACCGCUGACGACGUCCGCAUGAUGCGUGAGAUCGAGCAGUUCUACAGCACCCAGAUCGAGGAGAUGCCCAUGAACGUUGCUGACCUCAUCUAAACUUUUUGAGUCACCUUAUGUCUCGAUGCGGAUUACGAUUGCAGUUGCCAAUGAUCCAAGGUGGCUUUCUGUAUCUCCAGCAUUUACCGGC